AUGGCCGACCGACAGAACGCUCGUGGUCGAGGAGGCUUCGGACGCGGUAAUUUCGGACGAGGUGGCGGCCGUGGAAAUUUUGGACGAGGCGGUGGUGGCCACGGUAAUUUUGGACGAGAAGGUGGUGGCCGCGGUAAUUUUGGACGAGAAGGUGGUGGCCGCGGCAAUUUCGGACGAGGAGGCGGUGGCGGACGUGGUGGUUUUUCAGAUCGUGGAAGAGAAGGUGGUGGACGCGGUGGAUUUCGCGGACGAGGUAGUUUUUCAAGCGGUAAUCGAGGAGGGGGAACAUUUGGAGAAACAAAACGUGAAUUUAUGACGGACAGUAUUUAUGUUGGUCAAUUGCCUGCUGAUAUUAAAGAAAGUGAUGUGAAAAAGCUUUUUCCAAAAGCCAAAAAUGUGACAUUAGUGUCAGCCGAAGGUCAACGACCAGGUCAUGCCUUCAUCACUUUUCCGGAUGAUGCUUCGGCAUCAGCUGCUGUUAAACAAGGAGCAACGUUUAAGAAUACUACCUUGAAAGUUGCUUUUCAAACCAAACGUGCUGAACCGCAAAAGCGAUCUGUUGACACUGGUGAUAACUCAGGACCAAAAGCAAAAAAACUAAAAAAUGAUACUUUGAGUAACAAAGUAGUAGGAGUGAGUAAUGGUGUUCCAGGAAAAGGAAAAAAAGCAGUCAAUUCUGAUGAUGAUGAUGAUGAAUCUAUGGAUUUUGAUGAAGGAGACGAGGAUGAUGAUGAUGAUGACGACGACGACGACGAUGACGAUGGAUCUGAUGAAGAUGAUGAACAAGAAAAAAAGAUAAAGCAAACUGUUGCAAAAAUGGUUGGUGGAGGAAAAUCAACUUCGAAAUUACCUGCAGGGAAAAACUUAGUCGAUGAUGAUGAAGACGACUCGGAUGACGACGACGAAGACGACGACGACGAGGAUGAUGAUGAUGAUGAUGAUGACGAAGAUGAUGAUGACGAUGAUGAUGAACCAGUUCAAAAGCAAAAGGGAACACCAUCGUCAGUUAAACCAUCUGUUUCAAGUAUCAAUCAAGGCAAUAAUAAAGAUAAACCAGUGCCUAUGAAAUCGCCAGUGGUCAAUAAUUCACUUCAGAAGAAGAGCGCAUCAGAUUCACUAUCUUCAAAUAAGUCACCGGUUGUUGAAUCUCAGAAACGAUCUGUUAGUUUCGCUGAUAAAUCAGGUCCUCUUGUCAAAAAAAUGAAGAGUGAAACUUCAGCUGUUAAUAAAAUUGCUCUGAAAGGAAGCAAGUAUGAUGAAGACGAUGAGGAUGACGACGACGAUGACGAUGACGACGACGACGACGACGACGACGACGACGACGACGACGACGAUGAUGAUGAUGAUGAUGAUGAUGAUGAUGACGACGACGACGAGGAUGACGAUGAUGAUGAUGAAGCACCAAAGAAAUCUGGGGGAAAAUUAUCGGCUCCUACAAAACUGUCCAAACUUAUCGCCAAGUCAUCAUUUUUACAAGAUGAUAGUGAUGAUGAUGAAGACGAUGACGAUGACGACGAUGAUGAUGAUGAUGAUGAUGAACUUCCAAAGAAACCAGUGGUCAAAGUUUCAACUCCUCAAAAACAAGCUAAGCCGAUUUCCAAACCAUCAUCUACACAAAGUGACGAUAGUGAUGACGAUGACGACGAUGAUGAUGAACCACCACCACCGCCGAAGAAAUCAAUUUCUAAACUUGCUGUAGCUAAAACAGCAACUAAAAGUCCUGUAAAACAAUCAGUCAUUGGCAGUGACGACGAUAGCGAUGACGACGAAUCAGAUGAUGAUAAAGCAUCCAAGCCAGUAAAAUCCAUUUUAAAACCAACUCUUUCCAAACAAACCCAGCCUACCCCAAAAUCCGCACCAAAGGGUAAAUUCGACGACGAUAGUGAUGAUGACAGUGAUGAUGAUGAUGAUGAAACGCCACCGCCCACAAAAUCUCCAUCAACUACUAUCAUUCCAUCUAAACAAAAAUCAACACCUUCUAAGCCUGAAACGAAACCAUCCACUCCAUCAUCUACAACUAAAUCGUUCAGCAAAACCCAAAUUUACAUCAAUUCAAUCAAAGAGAGUGUUACUUCUUCCGAUAUGAAAUCACUUUAUCCUAAAGCUAAAACAAUCAAGCUACAAAAACGUAAAGUUGGCCCAGAACGCCAAAUCAUGCAAUUUGCUUUGAUCACAUUUGACAGUGAAUCUGAUUGUGCUAGUGCAUUGAAAGCUCAUACUCAAAUCGGAGGAGGAAAAGUGAAUGUAUCCUAUGCAUACGUCAAACCUGAAAAGCAACCACAACCAACAAGUGAUAAUUCGAAUAAAAAAGCUACGCCAACCGAAAAUGUCAAUAAAAAACAGCCGAAUAAACCAGCCGAAAAACAAUCAUCAACCAAUUCCAUCUACGUUGGUCAAUUACCCGAAAACGUUCAAGAAGCUGAUUUGAAAAAACUCUUUCCAAAAUCAACGAACGUUGAACUAUUUCCACCGAGAACCACUCCUAAAGGUAGUCGAUCUGGUUUCGCCUUUGUCACUUUUGCUGAUGAUAACAGUGCGGCUGCUGCAAUUAAACUUGGUCCAAGUUUAAAAUUAAAGAACGCACCAUUAAAAGUCGGCUAUCAAACAAAACGAGCAAAUGUCAGUUGA